GAUAUCUAUAUUGAAAGUGAAAACUUCUGUAGACGGAAUAAAUUCAAUUAGCUAAAUUCGUUUUAAGCAGAUUCUUUAGCAGCCAGUAAAAAUAAACAAACAUAAAUCAUGUGUGGCGGUUUCACCUGCUCGAAAAACGCGCUAAUUGCGCUCAACAUUUUGUAUGUGAUGAUUGGAUUCCUGCUGAUUGGAGUGGGCGUGUACGCGCGUGCCGCCUCCAUCGUGACCAACCUGCCGAUUGUGGGCGGGAUCCUGGCCUGCGGUGUCAUCCUCAUAUGCAUUUCCAUGCUGGGACUGGCCGGAGCCGUCAAGCACCACCAAGUGAUGCUCUUCUUCUACAUGAUCAUUCUGUUCAUGCUGUUCCUGAUCCAGUUCUCCAUCGCCAGUUCCUGCUUGGCCGUCAACUCCGAGCAGCAGCAGCAGUUCGCCGAGCAAGGAUGGAUGACGGUGCCCACGGACUUGCGCAAACAGGUGCAGGACAGCCUGAAGUGCUGUGGAUUCAAUGCCACCGCACCGAGCACUACUUCCGUGGUUCCCCCGCCCAAUGAGCCCUCAUGCGAGCUGAUCAAUCAACAGUGCUGUGCCCACUCCUCCGAGCCGGACUGUCGUUGCGAACCCUGUGGACCCCUACUGGAGGACAAGAUCGACUAUGCCUUCAAGUUGUGCGGCGGUCUGGGCAUCUUCUUCAGCUUCACUGAGGUCCUGGCUGUUUUCCUGGCGCGUCGCUAUCGCAACCAACAUGAUCCUUGCUACCUGCCCGCACGCGCCGUCUUUCCGCACGAUUAUUUAUAUUGAACAGGCUGAAACUACAACAAGGAAGUGAAACAUUUUAGUCAAAGGGACGAAGGCUGAAUUUUAAUUCUUACAAUCGCGUUUCCUAAUCAGAAUCGAAUCCAAACUGGAACAAAAGAUUACAAGAUUACAAAAGGAGAAGGAGAUGGUGGAGGAGUUAUACAUGUGCUCAACACUGCUGCUAUUAAGGAUAAUUUUAUUUUACCAUUCUACAUGCUUUAAUAGCACAACGUUAUUUAAUUACAAAACCUCCAUUGAGAUUAUGUUUAGCUGUAAUAAUGUAAUCUAAGUUUAAAUGUUUGAAAGUCCUUGGUUAGCUCUUAAUGCCUUUCUUUGCAACUCGCAACAAUCAUGAACGACUCGACGUGACUCGACCUCCACUCAAAACCACUGUACCACUACGAGACAAACAUUUCAACAACCUGAUCUUACUGUAGAACUAACAACCAGUCAACAAUUGUAACUAGCAUCGUAAUAAGUAUACAUCAACCUAUAUACAAACGUAAUUGCAUUAUUGCCCUCAAGGCGUAUAAACAAUACUCUAAAUGUUAGCUGUGUGUUAAACUUUAAACUAGCGUGAAAAAUGCCCACAAAAUAACAAAAAAAGAGUAAUCCUCUAUACAUACAUGUCAACAAUUAUACAAGUCUAUAUGGAUAAAACCCUACACAUAAGAAAACUGCUUCUUUGAAAUUUUCACUUCUUUUCCGCACUAGCUCGACUUUCUCUGCAGCUUAUCCUUCUCGACUUUUAUCCUCGCCAGCCACCAAAAACAUAUUGAAACACAUCACACCCAACAUGCUUCUUCCUCUACGCACACUUCACACUCAUAUGGAAAUAGUUUUUCCUUAAAGUUUCCUUUCGAGCGACAAGUAAACCAUUAGAUAAUAUUCUCUGUAUUCUGUGCUGUGAUUGAAGUAAAUAUGAUCUUUAAAACAACAAAAGUAAAACGAAA